AUGGCGGCUUCAACCUGCAAAGUGUUUGUGGGCAAGCUGCCUCACACGCUGACUGAGGAUGCGCUGCGUACAAAGAUGCAAGAAUACGGCCAGGUGGCUUCUCUUUUCUACAUGGCGGAUCAGCUGCAGCAGCAAACUGGAUGGGCUUUUGUUACUUUCUGCUCCCCCUCUGAAGCGCAGAAGGCCGUAGAAGCUAUCGAUGGACAGCUGACAUUUGAGGGGUUUGAAACUCCUGCCGAGUGCCGCAUGGCCAAUCAAAAACCUUCCGCCGCAACUGCGAAGAAAGAAGCAGAAAAAAAGGAACCCACCAAUGCAGCACCAGGACCAAACUCCCCGUGGCAACAGUAUUUCACCCACGAUGGCCAUGCAUAUUAUUACAACUCUCAGACAGGAGUCACGCAAUGGGAGAGGCCAGCUGAGCUAGACAAACCCCAGCCGUCUGCAGCGGCAGCUGCCGCUGCAGCAGCUGCCGCUGCAGCUCGAGCGGCAGCGUCGAGGGAGUCCGGCUCCCAAUUUGGACCCCCUGGCGCAAAUCUUUUUGUCUUUCACAUUCCUAACGACUGGAAUGAUGUAGACCUUAUCCAGCAUUUCCAGCACUUUGGGGACAUUGUUUCCGCCAGGAUUCAGAGAGACGUGGAGGGAAGAAGUAGAGGGUUUGGCUUUGUCAGCUUCGCAGACCAAACCUCAGCGGUGCACGCCAUCCGGGGGAUGCAUGGAUUCCUUGUGGGCGGAAAGCAUCUGAAGGUGCAAAUGAAGAAGGGCGAGGAUAUUCGCCUUACACCAGCCCUAAAAGCCCUGCUGCCUGUCACCCAUCAGCCGGGGGGAUCUUUCUAUGGCGGGGGGCCCUCUGUGGGAGGCAGUAUGGGAGGUGGUGGCAUGGGGGGGUCGCCUGCGCGCUACUCACCCUAUUAG